AAAAUCAUGAAUUUUUGUUAACAAAGUUACAGUUAUUAUGUAAAAAUAUAAAUUGUUUUAAAUAUUAGAGGAAACUUACCUUAAAAAUUGAUAUGUGAAGAAUCAGCAAAAAUCACUCAAAUUAAGGAAUUGAAGUCAUAUAUCGCAGAAAGUUUGUUUUCCUUGUGAAGUUCUUUAAAAGACUGUGACAAAUAGAAGAGAAAAUAUUAAAAUUUACUAUGUGUUGAUGAAUAUCUGAAAUAAGAAAGGAAGAAGACAAUAAUUACAGAAAUAAUAAUCACAAAUAACAUUUUAAUAAAAAAUAACGGCUAGAAUAAUUUCAAAUCAUAAAAUAGCAAAAAAAAACUCAAUUUGAAAAUAAUGUCACAAUAAUAUAUCACCGAUCUGUUUAUCUAUAUUUAUAAGAAAUUUCUGAAUUCUUGUCAUCAACAUUAGUGUAAUCUUGUCUAUGACUUUAGAAUCAUUGACUUAAAAGAUAAUGUGGAGAGCAUAAUUAUUUUACUUAUCAUUAGAAGUGAAUGUGACAUUAAUUGUAAACUCUCAUCAAACUUCUCUACAUACACACUUGAUUGUUUUUCGCAAUUUUUUUAAAAGUUUACGACUAAGAAGAAAAGAAAGGAUCUGAAUUGCGAUGGUUAUCGGUGCAUUUCCAGUUGCAAAGCUUGGUGUAUUAGCUAUAAAACAAAUAUCAAAACCAAUUGCAAAUGUCCUUAAGAGUAGAGCGAAAAAUUCUCCUUUUUUUCGAACUUAUAUCUGCAUGCCACCAGCUCAAUUCUACAAUUGGUGUGAAGUGAAGACAAAGAUGUGGGCAAUGAAUUUAGGAAAACCAACAUCCGUUCCCAAGUUAAAUGAACAAAUGGCAAUUGAGCUGGGAUCGAAUCUUUUAGGAGAAUUUGUUAUCUUUGUCAUUGGAGCUGGAAUUCUUAUACUCGAGUAUCAAAGACAGUCAAGAAAAGAUAUAUUAAAAGAAGAAAUGGCGAUUCAGGAAAAAUUAGAAUUACAUGCUCUUCUGAAUGAACUUGCGUUCCAAGCUGAACGACAAGAUACACAAAUUAGAGAAUUAUCGCGAAUUAUUGCUGAUAUUGAUUCUAAAUCAUGGACACCUAAAAUUUUGACUGACAUUGUGGGGAGAAAAAAAAUUCAAAGUGAAUGCAAAGAGAAUGAAGAUAAUCCACUUCAACUUCUUCCCGAGAAACGUUCAAAAAUUCCUCUUAAAGCUGGGCAGAAUGUUCUGAAGGAAAAGAGUGAUAAAGAGAUAACAUCUGGUAAAGAGCAAACACUAAUCAAGGCGAUAAACCUUUUGUUAACAGAAGUCUUUUAUAGCAAUCCCCAGUCCGACACCACAGCAGAAAUAAGAGGUGACAGUAUCCUCGCAAAGUCUUUGAAUUACUUAUUUGUUGAAUCUGAGGAGAACUGAGUUGAUCCAAGCAAAGAAGUGCUCGAAAAAUGUCUUGAUAUUUGUCUUACUUAUAAUGUUGAUGACGCUGUUGAAUUUGUGGAGAAGUGGAUGGCAUUUAGCAUAUCACAUUUAGAAGGUGCUGAACCGACAAUUCAAUAUCUUAUUGAUAUGGAAAACAAGGAGUACAAAAAUCAAAUUCGAGCAGGCGUGAAACCUAAACAAUCUUCGAAACCAUCAGCAUUGAAAGUCUAUAAUCAUGACAGUGAUGAUGAAGAAAACGAUCUUCUGGGAGCCUAUGUUUGCAUUACACCAAAGAACGAUAAGAAAGCAGCCUCGAAAUUGCAACAUCGAACACCCGACGUCACCAAAACGACAACAACAUUCACUCCAGAUAGCUACUCGCCAUUAACAACAACAAAACGAUCUCGAGUGGCGGAAUCAGUGAAAUCUGGUAAUGUUGUUUAUACGUUUGGUAAUUUCAUGGCGAGUGCGAAUGAAUCGCGAGAUCAUCAACAAGUGACAGUUAAAAUAGCAGAGCUAAAGGAUGGAACACAAUGGAUCAAUAAAGAUUCAAAGUACAUGAUGAUUUCAGCACAAGAUGAUGGUCAACUUAUCUCUGAAAGAAUCUUCAAUAUUGGUAAAGAAAUUACGAAAAAGAUUUUAAGUGCUGAAGGGAAGACAGAAGAGUUGAUGUUGAGCCAUUGCGAUGUGAUGUCACAUGAGACUGUCAGAUGUUUGGGAAGAAUUUUCUGUGGUGGCCGCGGUGAUAAACUUGAUCAAAAAUCUGCAUAUUUCAUUGGUUUCGACGAGAACAAAUUGAGAAUUGUUCAAUUAGACUUCUCCAAACUGAAACCUUCUGUUCAAGUUUUUCCUGGCGAAGUUUGCAUCAUCAGUGGAACAAAUCCGCGUGGAAAGAUUUUCUACGUCACAGAAAUUCAUUCAGAAAGAAUGCUGGAAAAUUCUUCUCCAUCAACGUCAUUGACGUCGCCACUUCAUUUGAUGAUUGCAUCCGGACCAUUUACUGCUGACGAUAAUUUACUUUUCGAAUAUCUUGAAAAACUUCUCGUCAAUUGUCAGAAUAAUCAGCCAGAUGUUUUAAUUUUAACUGGAGCUUUCCUUCCAAUGAAAUCUCAAUUGAUUUUUGAUGUCGCUACGGAACUUGACGAACAUUUCCAGAAGAUCUUGGCUGGUAUCAGUGAAAGAGUUGGGGAAAACACAAAAGUUGUUAUUGUCUCGUCAUCUGAUGACAUCAACAGUUCCGCAUGCUUUCCAACUCAUCCUUAUAAAGUGAAUAAAAUUCGCCCGUUUCCAAACAUCUUCAUGGCACCCGAUCCAAGUAUCAUUGACAUCAACGGCGUUCAAAUUGGAAUCACAUCAGUCGACAUCACACAACAACUUGCUGAUGCUGAAUUCUGUGUAAAUGCUGGUGCUGAUAAAACGAGGCGCUACAUCAAUUAUCUUUUUCAUCAAAUGUCGUUCUAUCCGCUGUUUCCGCCGAAAAUUCCGACUGAUAUUCGACUUCUACACGAGAACGGUGCGAUUAAUAAGAUUCCAAAUAUCCUGGUAGUGCCGAGUGAUAUGAAAUUCUACAUGAGGGAUUUCAACAAUUGUUUGUGUGUCAAUCCUGGUCGUGUGAUGAAAGACGGUUUGGAGGGAACAAUCGCUAGACUUGUCAUUAAACCAACUGAUGAAUCUACAAAAGCUGCCAAUUCAUGGAUUUCUGGACAAAUUAUUUACAUUUAAAUUCAUUAAAAAAUUUGUCUUCAUUUUUCCUGCUUUAAUUUAAUAAUAAAAAAAAUCAAAUUUCUUAAAA